AUGACCACGAUGAUCGCAGCUAGCUCCAUAGUGAAAGCCAACCUUCCUUGCUCGUCAAGGAUAUCCUCCUGCUCAGACUUCUCAUCUGGUCAUUUGUGGCGCCCAUUAGAAGCUGCAAAACAUUACCGAGCGCAUGGUGUGCGCUCGCUGCGGGUAACAUGUGCUGCCACUAAGACUGCGAAAUCUCCAGCUGAAGAGGAAUGGAAGAUCAAACGGCAAUUCCUAUUAGAGAAGCGGGUACGUAGUGUUGAUGUGAAGGAAGCACUGCGCCUUCAAAACGAGAACAACUUUGUAAUUCUCGAUGUCAGACCAGAAGCAGAGUUCAAACAGGCUCACCCACCUGGUGCUGUUAAUGUACAAAUAUACAGAUUAAUAAAGGAGUGGACAGCAUGGGAUAUUGCAAGGAGGGCAGCAUUUGCUUUCUUUGGCAUAUUUGCAGGAACAGAAGAGAAUCCUGAGUUUAUAAAAAGCGUUGAAGAAAAACUUAAUAAAGAUUCAAAGAUAAUUGUAGCAUGUUCAGCAGGAGGAACAAUGAAGCCAACACAGAAUCUACCUGAUGGGAAGCAAUCUAGGUCUCUGAUAGCGGCGUAUCUGCUGGUCCUAAACGGCUACAAGAACGUGUUCCAUCUGGACGGAGGGCUCUACACAUGGUUCAAGGAAGAUCUACCUUCUGAAGGAGAAGAAGAUUGA